CGUGCGCACCCGGCAGACCGCGUCCCGGAGACGUUCCCGGCCUCCUUCGGUCUCCCCGAGCAGCAUGAAGGCCGCCGAGGACUCCGCAGGAACCGGCAGCGAAGGCCCGCGGAAGCUGGGACUCUGCGUCCUCUGCGGGCUGCCCGCAGCAGGAAAAUCAGCCUUCGCACGCGCGCUUGGCCACUGGCUGCGGCGGGAGCGGGGCUGGGCCGUCGGCGUCGUCGCCUAUGAUGACGUCAUGCCGGACGCGUCCUUCGACGGGGCCAGCGCGCCGCCUUUGCCAUCCCAGUGGAAAUUGCUUCGACAGGAACUGUUGAUGUACCUGGAAUACUUCUUGAUGGCUGUCAUUAAUGGGUGUCAGGUGACUGCCCCACCCAACAGGACUGAAGCCAUGUGGGAAGAUUUUAUAACCUGCUUAAAGGAUCAAGAUCUGAUAUUUUCUUCAGCACUUGAGGCCCCGUCUUGCUACCUCUUAACGAAAACUGCCCUUUCUAGACCUUUGUUUUUGGUUUUAGAUGACAACUUUUAUUAUCAAAGUAUGCGAUAUGAAGUCUACCAGCUGGCACGGAAAUAUUCGUUAGGCUUUUGCCAGGUCUUUUUAGAUUGUCCUCUUGAGACCUGUUUGCAGAGGAAUGGCCAGAGACCACGGGCACUGCCUGCUGAGACCAUCCACCUGAUGGGAAGAAAGAUAGAAAAGCCCAACCCUGAGAAAAAUGCUUGGGAACACAACAGUCUCAUAAUUCAGAAUCUGCCAUGUGCCUCGGAAGUCAGUCUAGAGGUGACUGAUUUAUUGCUUAUUGCUUUGGAAAAUCCAGUCAAAUAUGCUGAGGAUAACUUGGAACAAAAGGAAACAGAUAGAAUUAUUUGUUCAACUAACAUGUUUCACAAAGCUGAUCAGAUACUCCGAAGAAUUGUGUCUCACACAAUGAAGGAAGCAAAAGGUAUGUCAUGUCAGUUAUGUUUAUUUUUUAAAUGGUGGGAGGAAGGCUGCUCAGAGAUGACAUUUAAGCAAAGAUGUAUUCACAUGUUUAAAGGAAGGGAAGGAGUAAACCAUGCAGGUAUCUGGAGUAUCAUUCCAGGCAGUGGAUACAACAAGGGCAAAAGCCCAGAGAUGGGUUGUUGGAAUGUUCUAGAACAGAGAAGAGGCCAUUGAGCAUAGGGUGAAGGACAUGGGAGAGGUAGGGGGCCAGGUGUAAGAUCAGGAUGGAGUUUGAGUAAACCUGAAUGCAUAUAACAGAUGAAGUAAGUGGCAGUUACAGUUUUAUAAAAUAUUUUUUAGGUUUUGAAUAUUGAACUACUGCUAUAUUUAAAAUCUGAUUAAAAAAACAGGAGCUAGCAUUUUUGAACACCUUUUUAUGUUUAUGCUUUUUAUGCUUUACAAAUAUUGUAAUCUUUACACUCUUAUAUACUACAUGUAAUUUUAUAUACUACAUGUAAUUUUACAAAUGGGGAAAUGGAGAUUCCUCGAGGAUCAAGCAACUUGCCCAUGGCCGAACAGCUACUAAAUAUUGGGUAAUCUGGGGUCCAGCGUUAAGUCUGAUUUUAAUCUGUGCAUUCUAUUAUAUUCCUUUGCAUCAUUAACAUUUAAUAACCUUACAAAAGCUUAGAAUAUUGGAAAAGGAAACUAUAUACUAGCCAUAUUGAGUUUUCAAACCUUUUAAAAAUUAUGAUUCAUAAGUAGAUUUUGUAUUGU